AGCUGUGUCCCUCGCACUGAUCAAUGGAAAGAGCCGAAGACGUCGGCUUGGUCAUGUGUCCAAUCCCAGCUGACCACAUGAGAGCAAGUAAUUGGCAUUACUCAGAGGGGACAUGUACAUUGAUCAUCAGGGCACUGAUGAUCAGUGUGCCCUGAUGAUCAAUGUAGCCCCAGCAGUGCCACCUGUCAGUGUCCAUCAAUGCCAGCUGUCAGUGAUCAUGAAUGCCACCUCCCAGUGCCCAUCAGUGCCACAUCAAUGCCACAUAUGAGUGCCUACCAGUGCACAUCAAUGCCACAUAUCAGUGCCCAUCUGAGCUGCCUUUCAGUGCCACCUAUCAGGGCCAGCUAUCAGUGCUGCCAAUCAGUGCCGCCUAUCAGUGCCCGUCAGUGCUACCUAUCAGUGCCGCCUAACAGUGCCAGUCAGUGCCACCUAACAGUG